UUGUUUCCGCGUCGAGCAACAGUUGAUCUUUGUCUGCCUAGCGUGGUCGUGGACGACAUCUCGCAGCGGGUGGACGAUAGUUGGUGUUCCGCUCCGGUAACGUCGGAGUUUAGUAUAAGGGCAGAUCGCGCCCACAGUGAAGCGUUGCCGCGCUGUUAGGAAAAGUCGAUCAAGAACGGAACGUGAUCGUUAAUAGGAACGCGGUUAAAAAUUGCCUUCCGCCAAGCAGAAGAGGUGUUGUUCGUAGUCGGCGGGUUCUAAACCAGCACCGGUGGUUAUCUGAAUGACAUAUGGUGCUUGUGAUAAGAUUAAACCUUUCCCGCGUCUCACUAAACACGGUGUUUGGUGAUUGAGAUCGUACACGGAAUAUAGGCAGUGAAGUGCUUACGUUUUUGGGUGGACGGAAAACCAAAAGACCAGAGUCAUCGGUUGAGAUAAAAUAUAUUGAAAAAGAUCAUACGUCGUGAAAUCAAAUUAGUCGCCUAAUUCUCAAAUACAUUCAUCCGGCAAACAACUGUGCCGGUGUAGGUGUUGUGUCCUCCCCUGGAGGUGCGAUUUUGUCCGGGAAGUGAAUUUAACAGGACGCAGCAAUUGGUGCCGAGAGCGUAUCAUCCAAGCCGAAUAAUCGCACCAUCGAACCGUAGCUGUGUGCCACAAACGGCCAAACAACCAACGCCAAAAUGCUGGUCGCGCUGAAUUUGAAACAGAAAUUUCUGACACUAUGCGGCAUCACAGCUGCCGCGGUCGCCACGUCAUUAGUGAUCGGACAAAGAUUGAUACCGCAGUCGAUACUGACCGGUGUCGUUUUUUAUCUCAUUUCCGGCGAUCGACCCGCGGCCGUGUACGCCAGCAUCGUGUCAUUGCCGCGGGACUUACGAACGGCGGUUAUAUUUCUGAAGCUCAAUGUUAGCCUUUAUCGAUACGAGCGUGCUGGUGCGACGGUGGUGCAAAUCUUCGAGAGUGUUGUCGCGCGCCACCCGAACAAGGUAGCGUUCCUGAUGGACGAUGGGCAGCUCACGUUCGCACAGGUGAAGCAGCUAGCCGACCGUAUUGCGGCCCACUUUUAUGCCAAGGGUUUCCGGAAGGGCGAUACGAUUGCGCUGCUGAUGGAGACCCGGCUUGAGUAUCCGUGCAUCUGGCUCGGUCUCUCGAAGGUUGGCAUCGUGACGGCGCUGAUCAAUUCGAACCUGCGGAAGGAAACGCUGCGUCACUCGAUAACGGUGGCUAAUUCGAAGGCAAUCAUCGUGAGCUCGGAGCUGGCCGGAGCAAUCGCCGAAAUAAACGAGCAGGAAGGCAUAAAAGGCUUACCGGUACAUCUAUUCCGCACCGACGGUGCCGACACCAGCAGCAGUAGUAGUGACCCAUUGCCAGAUGCCGAAGAUUUAAGGCUCAGCGUGGAUAGUGGCAGCAGUAGCUCAAACGUAGAUUUAAGCGGUAUCCCGAAUGAUAUAUCACCGAAAGAUAAAUUGGUUUACAUCUAUACGUCCGGCACGACCGGUAUGCCGAAGGCGGCCGUCAUCACGAACCUGAGGUACACGUUCAUGGCCCUCGGAUGUUAUUACAUGCUGAGCUUCCGCGAUGACGACAUCAUUUAUAAUUCAUUGCCACUGUACCAUUCGGCCGGCGGUAUGAUCGGUGUCGGCAGCGUACUGCUGUGCGGUGUGACGGCAGCAUUACGCAAGAAGUUCUCGGCCUCCAACUUCUGGACGGACUGUAUUCGGUACAAGUGCACGGUGGCACAAUAUAUUGGUGAAAUAUGUCGCUUCGUACUGAUGACACCGUCGAAACCGACGGACACACAGCACAGUGUGCGGCUCAUGUUUGGCAAUGGUUUGCGGCCCCAGAUUUGGCCGCAGUUUGUGUCACGCUUUAAUAUUAAGCAGAUCGGAGAGUUUUAUGGUUCAACGGAGGGCAACUCGAACUUAUUAAACAUCGAUAACACAAUGGGAGCUGUUGGUUUCGUUCCCAACUUUGCCAAAGCUAUAUAUCCCGUAACGUUGAUAAGGUGUGAUGAAGAGACCGGUGAAAUUAUCCGCGGCCCGAAUGGUUUCUGCAUCAAGUGUAAAGCGGGCGAGCCGGGUGUGUUUGUUGGUAAAAUCAACCCGAAGAAAGCGCUGAACUCGUUCGUUGGAUAUGCGGACAAGGCUGCCUCGGAGAAGAAGGUGCUGCACGACGUGUUCCGCAAGGGGGACAUUUUCUUCAACUCGGGUGACAUUCUGGUACAAGAUUUGCUCGGUAAUUAUUAUUUCAAGGACCGAACGGGUGAUACAUUCAGAUGGCGCGGUGAAAACGUUGCUACCUCGGAGGUGGAAGGAGUUAUCACGACGAUUGUGGGCUUGAAAGAUUGUGCCGUUUACGGUGUGGAUAUCCCCGAAACUGAAGGUAAAGCCGGUAUGGCAGCGAUCGUUGAUCCGGAGGGUAAAGUUGACUUGGAACAGCUGGCCGCCGGGAUUCGGGCAAGUUUGCCCGCCUACGCUAGACCGCUCUUUAUACGUGUGCUUUCCGAGGUGCCGAUGACGACAACAUUCAAGUUGAAGAAGCGAGAUCUCCAGGUGGACGGGUACGAUCUGAACAAGAUUAAGGAUCCAAUUUAUUUUCUGCAAAGCAAUGGUACCUAUCGAUUGUUUACGGUGGAUGAUCACGAAACCAUCAAGAGUGGUAAAGCGAGGCUAUGAGCGAAAAGCUUUGGUUGAACGGUGAAGGCUAGCAGCAAGGGCUUUGCGAAUGUCCUUUGCAAUUCCAUUAGAUGUUGUUUAUGUAGAAGUCUUGUUGUAGGUAUUUGUUUGUUUAAUUUUUCAUGUACGAUCAUCUAAAAACCAAAAAUAAGGAAAAAAGAAAACUGACUGAAAUUAUUAACUGAAAAUACUGAUGCCUAAGCUACACACAAUCUCCGAUGGAAGGGAGUUGAUGAAAACCACCUUUCUAUGGUACGAACGACGCAUUUGUAAUUCGCUCUCGAACUAGCAACUGCUAAGAAAUCUUAAUCUGUAGGUAAUAAAUUAGGUUUCUAUAUCACUGUA